AUGGCUGCUGACUGCGGAGACGACGCUCUCCACCAACCAAAGCUCCAGAGAGUCGCAUGUCAGCCUGAGAAUCCGUUUUCGAAACUGAUACCUGAUCAAUCUAUUGCCAUUGUGCCUUCCUUCACCCUUGAAUCUGGUGUUACGCUAUAUAAUGUCCCUGUAGCAUAUACAACCAAGGGCAAACUUUCCCCAGCACGAGAUAACGCGCUGGUGGUAUGCCACGCAUUGAGCGGCAGUGCCGAUGUUGGUGACUGGUGGGGACCGCUGCUUGGUGGUCCUGGACAGGCAUUUGACGUCACAAGGUUCUUCAUCAUUUGUUUGAACAGUCUGGGUAGUCCCUAUGGCACGGCCAGCGCGGUCACCUAUAAGGAUGGUGACUCGACAAGAGGGAUAUAUGGGCCUGAAUUCCCACUCACAACUAUACGGGACGAUGUCAACCUCCAUAAGGUCAUCCUAGAUGAUCUGGGCGUCCGCCAGAUAGCCGCCGUGGUUGGUGGUUCCAUGGGUGGGAUGCUGACUCUGGAAUAUGCGUAUUUUGGAAAGGACUACGUCCGAUGUAUCGUACCGAUCGCAACAUCAAGCAGGCACUCGGCGUGGGGUAUAAGUUGGGGCGAGGCACAGAGACAGAGCGUCUACAGUGACCCGAAAUACGAAGAUGGAUAUUAUCCGUUUGAUGACCCACCUGCUACAGGUCUCGGUGCUGCCCGUAUGUCAGCCCUUCUGACUUAUCGUAGCCGAAACUCGUUUGAAGCCCGGUUCGGUCGGAAUGUGCCUGAUCCGUCAAGGCGGCAGAAUAUCAAUGGGACUCAGCGCCUGCCGACGCCGCCAAACGAGCACUGGGCUGUUCACAACGAUGGUCAUAGAAGCACGCGGCCAUCUCAGCCGCCAAGUGGGACUCUGACGCCAGUGCAGCAAACUGAGCUUCAGUUCACCGACCCCCAGUUCACCGGUGCAACUGUAUACACAGCAAACGCACCUAUACUUGCAUCACCAGCAUCGGUCGCCUCGCUAGAUGUAUCCAAACGCCCCACAACCUACUUUUCAGCCCAAUCCUAUCUGCGAUACCAGGGAGAGAAGUUCGUUAAGCGUUUCGAUAGUAACUGCUAUAUCGCGAUUACCCGUAAACUAGAUACACAUGACGUCUCAAGACAUCGUGCAGACCAGUCGUCCCCAACACCUGUCAAAGACGCGCUAUCUCAGAUCGAGCAACCGGCACUUGUUCUUGGAAUUGAAAGUGAUGGACUAUUCACCUUUGCUGAACAGCAGGAGAUCGCAGAUGGAAUUCCAGAUGCACGGCUGAAGACCAUCGACAGUCCAGAAGGCCACGACGCUUUCCUACUGCAGUUUGAGCAGGUGAAUCGACAUAUUCUGGAGUUUUUCAGGGAAGUCCUGCCUGAAGUUAUGGCGACUUCGGGGACUGACGCCAACGUCGACGGCGAUCACGUUGGUGAGCUUACGAAGAGCAGUACGUUUGGCGAGGCAGAGGUGGACGAUAUUACGGCCUGGUGA